GUUUACCUCCAUCUAUCUAUCCUGCUGGGUCGUGGUCUCUGGCUCUCCUUUCCAUCAUCUGCUUCCCUCCUAGAUAGAUGGGCGAUGUAAAGAAUUCCUUUUCCCUGGCCCAGAGGUGUGUAUCUGUGCGAUCUCUGUGCCUUCGUGUACCGCCAAAGGCAGAUAUGGGAGCGUGAGUGAAAGCGAAAUCACUCAGCCGGACGUUGUUCGUUUCGAAACCCGCUGGAAACUGCCCGUUCUAAGGAUUCGGCAUCAAACUCCUCAAGCUGCUUCUACUCCUAACCAAGGCGAAGUAGCCAUUGUGCUCAACUUGAUUUGCGACCAAUUGUGGUGUCAUCAAACGACUCGCUUUGAUUCGAACCUUCCUUGAUUCUUCCCUCAACAUGAGAUUGCGAUCAAGUGGAAACGAGAAGAUGGAUGCUUCUGCCUCGUCAUCGCCCUCGUAUUACGUGGUUUGCCUUCAUGAAAAGUGCUCCCAAGAGGCGGCACAAUUUAUGGCCGACCAUUUGAGUGCGCCUGUAUCCAAGGACGGGGCUGGGUUGAUUGUUGAACAAGAGGUUCUACGUCCCAAUGGCCUCAUUCUCCACAUCUCGGCAUCUAGGCAGCGCGUCCUCGAAUUGGCCGAGACCGUGGGCAUCAAAAAGCCCGAUUUGGAUGGGGUCAUAUGUGAGUUUGAAAUCGCUCAAGCCGACCGAUUCCCCGAAUCUGGCUUGGUGGGCCCCCUUACCUUAUCGGACAUUCAUCGAUGUGUCCUUUACGCCAUGGAAUUUCUCCACUUCGAUCACGACCGCAAAUACUUACCCGGUCAUGAAGAUUCCAAGAUUAUGAAAGGCGCACCCAUGCUCUCGGCUUAUCGUGAAGCGGGUUACAUUGAUACGUUCCCGUUGCAUGACGAUGAGACUUUGGAACGGUUACACAAGAAAUGGAAACACGCCAGCAUUUUCAAUCCUCCCUUGGAUGACAUCCGAGAUUAUUUUGGCGAAAAUGUGGCUCUCUACUUCUCUUUUGCCACCUUCUACACCUAUUUCCUCAUGCCGAUUGCACUCAUUGGCAUCGUUCAGUUCAUUUUGGACCGAUUUCUGCACGUGGAUUUCUUAUUCAGCAACGUGACAUUCUCUUGCCUCAAUCUGAUUGGAGUGACGAUUUUCUUGGAAAUGUGGAAGAGGAAAUCAAACAAGCACAACUAUCAUUGGGGCACCGGCGGGAAACUCCGGCAUAAGCGUGCCAGGCCUGAAUUUCGGGGUGAAUUGGGCAUCAAUAAGAUCACAGGGAAAGAGGAGAUGCAGUAUCCAUUUCAGCAAACCCUCAAAAAGGUCCUCUUUGUUUCGUUACCGAUUACAGUUGCGUGUUUGUUGGUGGCUUUCUUCCUCAUGUUAUUGAGCUUCCAAGCGGAAAAGUUCGUGUACCAAAAAAUACAUGAUCCCAUGUCUGGGGAGAUUCCAUUCCUUCUCUCUUUGGUGUCCAAUGUCCCCUCCAUUGUAUACUCGAUCCUCGUGUUCCUCAUGAACCAUAACUAUCUUCACCUGGCGCAUUUCCUCACUGAAUGGGAGAACCACCGCACUCAGGAGCAAUUCGAGAGGCAUGUGGUGUCCAAAUUGGUUCUCUUUGAAUUCGUGAACACCUUCUUGGCUUUAUUCUACAUUGCGUUUUACUUGCAAGACAUCGUCAUGCUCAAGAACCAGGUGUUCACUAUGUUAAUUAUCCAGCAGAUCAUUGGCUUGCUACAAGAGACCAUUCUACCGAUUGUUCUCAAGCGACCGUCUACCCGUCGCGUCAUGAAGAAAAUAAGUAAGAGGGUGGUCAAGGAUCUGACCAAGAAGUUUGACGUCCACCACAAACAGCUGGAAACCUUACCGUUUAUCGACAAUGAAGAAAGCAAGAUUGCCAUGGCCAAUUAUAGUCUCCAUCGAGACCCUUAUGAAAGCACGUAUGACGACUUCAUGGAAAUGUGGCUUCAAUUCGGUCAUGUGUUCUUGUUCUCCUCGGUAUACCCUCUGGCUGGGUUCCUAGCGUUGUUAAACAACUUGUUUGAGCUGAAAGUGGAUGCCUACAAAUUAUGUCGCCUGGCCCGAAAACCCACACCGAGGUCUGUCAGGGAUAUCGGUGCUUGGUACAUGGCCUUCAGCGUGACCUCAGUGAUUUCGGUCAUGACCAACUGUGCCUUAUUGGCCAUGGACAAGGACGUUCAGGCCUUUGCUCCACACGCGUCUGGAACAGACUGGGCACUCACUUUUGUGGUCAUUGAACAUGUGUUUCUCCUCAUUCGAUUGGCCAUUGACAAGCUCAUUCCGGAUGUGUCAAACUCGAUCAAGUUUGCAAUUGAUCGGGAUAACUACAUUCUUAAAAAUAGAAGAGUUAUCAAAUAAAUCUUACAUUAUUA